GCAGGUAUCGGGCUGUGAUCGGACGAAUACGAGGUCAGAGAGAAUGAUGUCAGGAUCGUAAGACAAGAAUGGCGGACGAAGAAAGAGGGAAAUCAUUUCUUGCAGAAGCGGAAAAGAAAAUUAAGUCUGCCGGAACAUUUUUCGGAGGUUUAUUUGGGGGAGCAGCUAAGCUUGAAGAUGCCUGUGAUCUGUAUAUUAGAGCUGGAAAUGCAUUUAAAAUGGCAAAAAAGUGGAGUGCUGCAGGGGGUGCAUUCUGCGAAGCAGCACAAAUCAAGCUGAACGAUCUACAGAAUAAGCACGAAGCUGGGACCCAAUUUGUCGAAGCUGCAAACUGCUAUAGAAAAUCGGAUUUCGAGGAGGCAAUCAACUGUCUACAGAGAGCCAUUGAAAUUUUCACAGACAUGGGGCGAUUCACAAUGGCUGCGAAGCAUCAUACUACGAUGGCAGAAAUUUACGAAACCAAUAUCAUGGAUUUAGAGAAGGCGAUUCAUCAUUAUGAAACUGCAGCUGAUUUUUACAAAGGCGAAGGCUCCAGCAGCAGUGGAAAUAAAUGUUUGCUAAAAGUUGCUCUCUAUUCUGCACAGUUGGAGAACUUUGCAAAAGCAAUUUCAAUUUACGAAGAGGUCGCUGCUACCUCACUUGAAAGUUCCUUGCUCAAAUACAGUGUAAGGGAGUAUUUUUUCAGAGCAGCAUUGUGCAACAUGUGUAUCGAUAUGGAGAAAGCUCAGAAUGCCGUAACAAAGUACCAGGAAAUGUUGCCAGCGUUUGAAGACUCAAGGGAAUACAAUCUGAUACAGGGGUUAAUAACUGCUCAUGAAAACGAAGAUGUCGAUGCAUUCACUGAGGCUGUUCGAGAAUAUGACUCAAUAUCUCGUUUGGAUCAAUGGUACACUGCCAUCCUUUUGCGAAUCAAGAAGAAUAUUACAAGUGACUUAGACCUGACCUAAAUAUGGAAUAAACCAACCGAAGAUGAAUCUCGAGAUACCGCGUGAUUUAUAUAAUUAUAUAAUAUAUAAUUAUAUAUCACAUUGCUAUGUAUAAUUAAAGUGCCAGUUAUUUCUACGUAUCAAGUCGUCUCUUAGUUAAAUUUAGUAUUCUUGCAUGUUACAUAAAUGAACCUGAUUUAA